AAACCAUCUACUAUCUAAUCCGCCAUAAUUGUUUGGUUGUUUUCAAGGCGAUUACUCAUUACACCUAAUCCAUUAUUCAGUAAUAAUGUUGUAAAAAAAAAUAUACAUGUAUAUAUAUAUAUAUUAAAUAAAUAUAUAUAAAUCGACUAGUAAUCGUCUAGUAGAUGAUCAAGUGACGACUGACAUCUAAGCUCAUUAUUUUUUAACCUGUCAGGUUUUUAGUAAAUUUCAAGUGUUCAUUUUUUUUUCUAAUACCAAAAAAUAAUUUUUUAUAUUAUAAAUGAUAUAUUUAAUUAUCAUUAAAAUUAAUUAAUUAAUUAUUGAUGUCAGUCAAAUUUGUACGAGAAUAGUGGUGGUUGAGCUUCUCGAUGAUUCGAGUACGUCAGUGAUCACAAAUCAUUUUUUAAUUAAAGAAAAAAUUUAUUUUUCAAAAUACUGAGGAUUUUUUUUGUUGGAUUUAUUGAGAUCUAAGUUUAAAAAAUGAAGUUAGAGGGCAACAGUUCGAGGGAUGAUGACGCCAAUGGAAUUUUAAUGCAACCGAGAAAGGGUUCGGUUGUCAGAGUUCAGAUUGUGCCGAUUCAGCCGAAAACUAUAACGCAUUUACCGAAAAGACCACCAGUUGAUCUCGCGUUUACGGAUUUAACUUACAAAGUCAGAGAGGGACGCAAAGGAAAUGAGAAGACAAUUCUCAAAUCUGUCAGUGGGAGAUUAAGAUCCGGCGAACUUACGGCAAUAAUGGGACCGUCUGGCGCUGGAAAAUCAACUUUACUUAAUAUUCUUACUGGAUACAAAUCUUCAGGAAUGGAAGGCAGUAUAACGAUGAAUGGAAAUGAGAGAAAUUUAAGCACAUUUAGAAAAUUAUCAGCUUACAUUAUGCAAGAUAAUCAAUUACAUGGAAAUCUUACCGUUGAAGAAGCUAUGAAAGUGGCAGCUAGUUUAAAAUUGAGCAGUAAAAUUGACAAAGCAGAAAAAGAAGAACUUAUCCAAGAGAUCCUUGAAACACUCGGAUUGGCAGAGCAUCGUCGCACAAUGACCUCGAACUUGAGUGGAGGACAGAAAAAACGUUUAUCCAUCGCAUUGGAACUGGUUAACAACCCUCCAAUAAUGUUCUUCGAUGAGCCUACGAGUGGCUUAGAUUCAUCAUCGUGCUUCCAAUGUAUCUCAUUAUUAAAAACACUCGCUCGAGGUGGGAGGACAAUUAUAUGCACGAUACAUCAGCCAAGUGCGAGAUUAUUUGAAAUGUUCGAUGCUCUCUACACUUUAGCUGAAGGCCAGUGUGUAUAUCAAGGUUCAACAUCACAAUUGGUACCGUUUUUACGUUAUCAGGGACUUAAUUGUCCCAGUUAUCACAAUCCGGCUUCAUUUAUAAUCGAAGUAGCCUGCGGCGAAUAUGGAGACAAUAUAUCGACAAUGGUGAACGCCAUAAAAAAUGGAAAGCACGACAUCCGGGACGGCUACCCCUUCCCGGACUCAAAGUCCGAUAACCUGAACAACGCGCACCAGGGCGUCAACGGCCUAACGAAGGACGAAAAAUCCCCGGGCCUCCACGAGGUGAUUCCCAUAACCGACAAAAACGACGCCAGCAACAUAAAAGAAAAAUACCCCGAGAAGACCGAGAGCCUUAACCUAAAAGACAACCAUCCCAAUGGCGGCGUGAUACCGACGUACGCGACCAACGACAUUUCGAAGCACGAGUUGGUGAUAACCGUCGACGAAAAGAAGGACAAUAUCGACGUAAACACUUCGUUGUUAGACGAAACGAUGGUUCACACUCCCAAGAGAUAUCCGACCUCAGAGCUGACCCAGUUUUGGAUCGUCUUGAAACGGACGUUGCUUUUCAGCCGUCGGGAUUGGACGCUCAUGUACCUCCGUCUUUUCGCUCACAUUCUAGUGGGGUUACUUAUCGGCGCACUUUACUAUGACAUCGGUAAUGAUGGUGGCAAAGUGCUGAGUAAUUUAGGAUUCUUAUUCUUCAAUAUGUUGUUUCUGAUGUACACAUCAAUGACUAUUACGAUAUUGUCAUUUCCGCUGGAGAUGCCGGUUCUGAUGAAAGAAAAUUUCAACCGAUGGUACUCAUUAAAGUCAUAUUAUUUAGCCAUCACUAUAUCGGAUCUUCCAUUCCAGACAAUUUUCUGUAUGAUGUACCUGUGCAUCGUUUACUUCUUGACGAGUCAGCCGUUGGACGCAAUGAGAUUCAGUAUGUUCGUGGGCGCUUGUUUGUUAAUUUCAUAUGUCGCGCAGUCGGUGGGUUUGGUCGUUGGAGCCGCAAUGAAUGUACAAAAUGGCGUCUUCCUGGCACCUGUGAUGUCGGUUCCAUUUUUGCUGUUCUCUGGGUUCUUUGUCAGCUUCGAUGCGAUACCCGUGUACUUGAGGUGGAUCACGUAUUUGAGUUACAUCAGAUAUGGGUUCGAAGGCACUGCCUUGGCUACUUAUGGAUUCUCACGUUCUAAGCUCAAGUGUUUCCAGCCCUACUGUCACUUCAAGGAACCGACGACGACGCUCGAAGAACUCGACAUGCUCGACGCUGACUUCACACUCGAUAUUCUCGCAUUAAUUUUAAUUUUCCUGGUGCUAAGAAUCGCGGCCUACUUAUUCUUAAGAUGGAAACUAAAAGCUGCUCGAUAAAAAAAAAAAUUAUACUAAAAUCGUACAAUAAUUUUUCUAAAAAAAAAUUGUUAAUUUUUAUUGACUGUUUUUUUUUUCUUUAAUCAAAAAUAUUUACAAAAAUAUUUUUGCGAGUAUCGAAGUUCUUCAACGUGUAAUUUUAUCUGCUAUUAUAAUUAUUUAUUAAAUGAUUUAUUUUCCAUUAAAUUUAAGUUAUUUUCUUACUGCAUUUUUUCUUUUUUUUUUAAUUUAAAAUUUUAUUGUUAUCCUUUUAAAAAAUUUUUUGUUAAAUUCGAUUAAAAAUUCGCUGACGGCUGUGAGAAUUUAAUUAUUUAAAUAAUUAAAUUAAAGUGAAAUUAUUUUCAAAAAAAUUUCGGUUAUGAAAAUUUAAAAUAAAAAAAAAAAUUAAUAAAUUAAGAAAAAAUGCAUGAGUUAAAAAUAUACGAGCUUAUCUUGCCAGAUAAUCGUAAUCGUAAAUAAUAAUUUAAUUAUUAUAAUUGUUAUUAAUUAAUAUACUAAUAAAUAAACCAAAUACUGUCGCGCGCAAUUUAGAUUUUAAUAAUUUUUUUUAAAUAAACGGGAAAUAGUAUCGGUGCCUUACAAAAAUUAUAAAUUGAUUUUUUUAAUUAAUUAAUUAAUUAAUUAAAAAAAAAGAAAUUGUUAUACAUAAUUAUUAUUUUA